GUCUAGUACACUAAUUCAGCACCGAAUCCGGCGUUAUUUUUAACGAACUACGAAGUGCACUGCAUAAUGAGUAAGGGAGCUAUUCUGGAUCGAGCCCCAGAAGUUGGCUCUAUGGAGGGGUAGGGUUAAACCGGUGGCGCUCUUUCUCUCCCUCCAAUCUGUAGCGACUUCUCCUGGCCCGAAACACGCACACUCGGCUGAGCGGCGUCCCGGAGGAGGAUGUACACUGAAGGUUUUCCGUCAGCCGUACCGACAUGAACGAUAUGAGCAACGAAUACGCGAAAUUAUGGACGGGACCAAAACCGUGGAUGGCGUUGUAGCGCUAUAGAAAGUGCCUGUUGUUGAGAAGAGACCUGUUUUCUGUUGAAGUUCAAUAAUGCGGCUCACGGUUAUCAGCCGGUCUGUGGCGGUCGUGCUCUGCAUUUUAGGAUGCGAUAUCUGGAAAGCAGUGACUGAAGCUUUGCGAGAAGACAGCGAUGCCAAAGAAGUGGCAUUGAAGGUUCACCUGAGUGACGCCAGCACUCACCAGCCCCUCUCCGCUGUCACCGUGGAGAUCUUUGCCAACCACACGCCCAUCACUAGGGAGAUCUCUGGCACCGACGGCAACGCCUUCAUCAGGUUCCACUACCGCCUGGGUGACCUGCUUGUAAUCACGGCAACUAGGCGUGGCUAUGUUCCAAACUCCGCACCAUGGCAACAGACUAAGCUGCCUGUCUUCUCGUCUCUCAGCCUGGAUCUGCUUCCCGAGAGGGCUGCUACUCUGAUGGUGUAUGACAAUGACAUUCAAAUCAUCUCUGGAUACCAAGGAUCGAAGCUCCAGCCGUGGGUUCACUUCCAGAGAAGAGCGCUGAGUCUUCCUCCAAAUGCCACCUACACCAACCUGACCGCCUUUCUGACUGUCAGUCACUCAGGGCAAGACACACAGCACUUCCCCUACCUGCAGGGUUUCCGUUCCAACAGCACAGGCAAUGAUCAUAGGUUUGAGCUGACCCCUGUAGCUGCCAUUAGUGUCCAUCUUCUGGGAAGUGAUGGGGUGGAGCUUCAUGUCAAUGAGCCAAUCAGUGUGAGCAUUCCCCUGCCUGCCAAUAGUGGACUAAAGGAGAAUGACCACAUACCCGCCUGGAGGUUCGAUCCCAAACUCGGGGCCUGGUUGAAGAGCAGUUUGGGGUACAUACAGAGAGAAGGAGGUGAACUCACCCUUACGUACUUCGCCCCUCAGCUGGGAUACUGGGUGGCAGCCAUGUCUCCUGUAAACACAGGUCCUGUGGUUGCAAAAGACAUCAGCACAUACCACACUGUUUUCCUGUUAGCCAUACUGGGAGGCAUGGCCCUAAUCUUGCUCUUCCUCCUCUGCCUUCUGCUGUAUUACUGCAGAAGGAAGUGUGUGCGCUCUCGGCGAGCCCACCAGAAAUUUGCUCUGUCCUCGGCUCUAGACGGCUCCAAACGGGACCAGGCCACAUCCAUGUCGCACCUGAACCUAAUCAGCGAGACGCACCUGGACCAAGUAGGGGCAGAGCCAGACCAGCACACGCCUAUGCUGAAACCUCGCCCCUAUGACUCGUCUACCAAUGAGAUGGCAGUGUCUCAGGACGAGCUCCGGAGCCGCGGCUCCACCAGCAAUGCUUACCGGCGCUCGGCUGAGACGUUUGCCCUCAAAUCGGCCUCAGAGGGCUACGACUCCCCAGCAGCUCGCGGCGAAUAUCGACGGAGCUACACCUCCAUCGUCUCUUCUUCUGUUCAUCCCCUCCACACCUCUGUUUCUUCCUCCUCCCCCCAUCCGCUGCACCACACCGCAUCAACUGGUCGUUUGUCCUCAGAUAGCAAGGCCAGUGUGCGCGAUCCCCGGCUCUCUCCAGUCACAGCCACACCUGUUGCCAUGGGAACACCUCUGGCCACACCCACAGGCCCUGCCAUUUCACCUGAGAGAGAGCUGGGCAUGAUAGAGCGCAGGCCGGCUGACUACUUGCUUUCACGGUCAGUGGAUCAUCUGGAGCGCCCUGCUGCUUUUCCCCGCCCGGGAGCUCUGCUGUGCUGCACCUCUGAACUCCAGGUAAGCCAGGGUGGCGCCACCUAUCAAAAAGCUCGCCCCACCCUGCUAAUCCCUGCCCACUACAUGCGACUGCCUGGGACACACCCCCUGUCAGGCCAGGCACUUCUGCUCCAGUCAGAUGAACAGAGCGAGCUGGAGAACAUCCGCGCGGAGCUUAACGCCUCCCAUCAGUCCCAGGGGGAGGUGGGGCAAGGGGACAAAGAGGUAGGGCUGGAGGAGCGGAGAGAGGGAGCAGGAGGGGAUGGGGGUGGGCCCGGGCCGGCAGAGGAGUGGACAUUACAGACUGCGGCACUGCCUGAAGCUCUGUCCAUCCCCAACUCACUCAGUCAGGCGGGGUUAGGGGUGGUACAAAUGAACGGAGAGGAUCAGCUAUUGGCCGAAAAGACACUUAUGGAGCUGAGGGGUGGGAAGCCCCUCGCACACCCUCGAGCCUGGUUUGUGUCAUUGGAUGGACGCUCAAACGCCCAUAUUCGCCAUUCCUAUAUUGAUUUGCAGAAGGCAGGGCACAAUGCUAGUUGUGCAGGAAGCAAUGAUGCUAGCCUGGACUCUGGUGUGGACAUGAGUGACCUCACGCCAGGCCGCAAGGGCCGAGGUCAAGAAAGAGCCCGGCCCACAUCGCCUGCUGUAGCAUUUACACAGCUGGUGUUUGUUGAAAACUCUAAAUCUAGCAGUGAUGCCAAUGCAAAUUCUAACUCCAAAGUCAGCCCCACUCCAGCCUGCAGCCCCGAGGACCACUCGCUUGAGCCCUUGCUGCCUGAGAGAGCUGGUCAGGAGGCAGAGGAAGAGACUUUAAUGACCCCAUCACCUCCUUUGCUGCCCUCUCCGCCGCUCCAUUCACCUCCUCCCCUCCCUGAGCCCUUGGUGGUAGGGGAGGAGGAUGAGAGAGGAGACAAAGAGCUGAUCCUCAGGACUGAGACCAAGGACAACCUGGCUGCACCUGAUGACAGCGGCGAGGACGAGAACAAGAAGAGUCCAUGGCAAAAGCGCGAGGAGCGACCACUGCUUGCCUUUAAUCUCAAAUGACCCCCAGACCAUCAAACUCUUUACCUUCUGUCCUGUCCUAAUGAUGGGAAUUGCCUUCUAUGAAGCGGUAGUUUAGCAAAAAAUCUGAUUUACACAGUUUCCCCAUUAUUAUCCCAAAUGUAGUUGAUUAAUAAGAUGUUUGGUGUCUAAAGUUUGCUUCUUUAGUUUUCCACUGAAGCUAGAAGUAAAUCACACCCAUGCUCUGUACAAUGAAUUAAGUACUUUUUAUUAUUAUGUGUAUUAAAGACCAUGGGUGCCCAAACAUUUUGUGAUGAAAGUGUAAUGUUUGUGGUGGGCUAAGGACCAAAAAGACCAAAUAUCUAGCUACCUUGUUAGCCUAUAUAAGACAACUGUCCUGAACUUAUGUCUUAUGUACGUAUCAUGUAGCCUAAAUAAUUAAAUGGAAAUGUUUGUUCUCUCAUUGGGUGUUGGCCAGCAGGCCUCACUUUGGGCAGCCCGGUCAUUAGCCUCAUAGCUCUGUUGUAGAACAAACUUCACAUACCAAGCAUGUCUCGAACCCAGACUUAUGUUUGGAUGUAAGGGGAAAACUGCAUAGAUUAGAUUUUUGUCUAAACUGUCGUAUAAAUACAGGCUUUGGGUUUGCCUAUAUUUUUUGUUGUACCUGUGAAAGCGGAAAACAGGAGCAUCACAACCUGAAUUGACACAGGAAAAUGCUCCAAGCAGCGCUUCCGAGCUCAUGAUGCAGGAACUUGCUUAUGUAUGAACAAACUGAAAUUCAAAAGCAAGAAAAAAGCACUCCUUUUGAACACAUUUAUGCACAACAGCUAUGCCUUUAUUAUUGUUUGUUUUUUUUGUUAUACAAACUGAGCAAAAAAGAGAGCCAUUGUGUGACGGUGAGAUGUCUAGCUUUAUGAACUGCUGCUGCUGUUCAGGUUGGCAAUAUGAUCUUUGGUUGGUGGCAUAUGGGCACUGCAGUUUGAUAGCAGUAAAUUUGCACCUGUUCAUUGUACCUUAGCACUUAGCUGAGAACAGUGAGGUGUAUUAAGUACAGUCUUCCAUGUUUGAGUCUGUAAUUCUAUUGUAAUUCUAGAUCUACUAUGGUUCUUAGGCUUUCAUGGUAAGAUAUUGUCAGUAUUUCCAUUGUUUCUUUAUUUAAUCUGAUAAGGAGUCAUAUAAAGUGCUAGAGCAAAAAAAUUGGACAGUACUGGCAUAAUUAUUAGCUGAUUAUGCUAGUGCUGCCUGAUCUUUAUGAUCUUUAUAUUACCACCAUCAAAUAAUAUGAAAAAAGCAAACAGCACUAGUAUUUUGUUUAACAAAUUUUGCUGAUGCUGUAUGAUUUUAUAUCGUAUCAUUUACGUAAUUUGUUAAAUAUUAGUUUAUUAUGCUAGCGUUGUACAGUCUUUUCUAUAUUAUUUGAUAAACAAUUCAACAAAUCAAAUCAGAGCCGUUUCUUCAUCAACAGGCAGUUCCUCUGUAGUCAAAACGUAUUUGUGAGCUGAUGUGCUUCACACUUGCAGGCCCAUAAUGCCGACUAGAAAGCCAUAGCUAUGCAUUGCUUUAAUACUGAAGAUUUGGAAGCUUAAUAUGCCUUUUUUGACAUUUUAUUCACUACUUUGUGGUUUAAAUGCGAUAUUUUAGUGACCAUUUUAUCCAGCAAGUCGUUAUUUCUGUCUUUGCUUGAUUUUUGUCUUUAUGUAAGGAAGGACACACAUAUACAACUGCUUGUGACCUGCUUUCUCAUUCCAAAACUGCUGCAAAAGUGCCUCAAGCAAAUACGCUGAAUUCACCACCAUCGCUUCAUUUUCCUGGUCAGAUCACAUACCAUUAGGGCUGGGAUGGUAGCAAUUAGGAAAAAUUGAAAAAUCAAGAGCAGUAACUCAAAAUUAGUAUUAAACAUUUCCAGUAAAUCUAGGACAGUUUCAAUUUGCACCAGAGGGGGGCGAUAAAGUCUUAAGGCCUUUUCACACUGAGUCUGUGUUUCAUGUCGGAGUUCAUGGUUGGUUUUCACAUUCAGCUGCUUGGAGUUCCGAGCAGACGCAGACACACCUUCACCCACAGUUGUGAGAUGGCAUUUAUUAGCAGAACGGAUCGUUCCCCGUUGUCUGUUUUAGAGUCUGUGUCUACCUUUCAUUCCCACUCAAUGAAUUGAUUUUUGAUUAGUCUUUAUCAUCUGCGCAUGGGUGAUGAACAGCGUUUAGUGUUGUGUUUGUAAUUACAUGAAAAAAAGAAUUACAAGUACCUAAUUACGUCUUCCAAAUUGAAUGAGAUGUUACUACCUGGAAAAAGGAUAACUUUAUAUUGCUGCUGUUGAAACAAGCUUCCUUUACUUAUAAUGUAAGGCAAUGGAACCAGACUUUUUUCCAAGUAAUUUUGGGCCAUUUCUUUUAGUCCAUGCAUCAUGACAUUUACACACAAUG